AUGCAAGAUGAGAGCUAUCGCGUUCGGAUAUCAGAGAGGAGGAUGCAAACUGCAAGGGCAAGAUCAGAGACAGCAGGGUCAAGAAAACUCCAUCUAGAGAUGGAGAACGGUUUGAUCGAGGUGCUAGGGGCGGAAAUGAACGCAGUGAACAACAGACUGAAAUCGAGUCAAUCCGUUGAGAGCUUCGUGGAGGAGCUGGAAAUUAUUCUCGAGAGAGUCGCCAGCAACAUGACUUCGAGAGUUCCGCCCCGUGCUGAUACGAUGAUGGCGAUUGUGGCCGAGAUUGAGGAGAUAGGAUGGAACAGCGUGCAUGAUUUGCAUCCUGAUUUUAACAAUGUCAAGUUUGCCGUGGAGGAUGCGGCGAAGAGAUCACAUGUCGUCGAGGUGGACCUCAACAUGUCCUACCCACACGACCCUCCAGUAUGCCGAGGGGCAACACCGAUUCCUUUCAUCCUAAGGUGGAGGGACGGGUAUACCUUGAGGAAUGUCAUCGAACAGUUUGAGGAGCAUCUACAUCAAUUUCAGCUGCUAUGGGAUGUGCUGGACGAUAUUGAUCAGCACUCUUGGGUACUAGAGCCAAGUGUUGCCACAAGGGACCUGGCGUCUCGGAGAAUCGCGAUAGGGAACCAUUGUUCGAUACAAGUUGACAUACCCAUCUUGAAUCCUUUGAGUGUGCCUGAAGUUCGAUUUCUCGGAGCUGAUUCGGUCAUCCUACCACUCAAAGACAAACUCAACCAGAGGCUUCUGCUUUGGGACAUGAAAGUAUUCGUGCUGCAAAACUUGCAGAACAUCUUAGAGAUCGAGUUCCCCACCAAGCAGACGGUGGUUGCGGAGGAGCUGAGCGUCGAGUGUGCAAUCUGCUACACGUAUCGGCUCGAUGGAGAGAUUCCCGACAUCGUCUGUGACAACUCCAAAUGUAACCCACCAGGCGCGCGUCCCUUUCAUGCCGCCUGCCUCUACGAGUGGCUGCGGGCCAUCCCCACCAGCCGUCAAGCCUUCAACACGCUCUUCGGGUCCUGCACGUACUGCGGUAGCUUAUGUUACAAGCCAACAUUCCUCGCAAGGAGCUGA